AUGACUGUUGCUAUGAGACUUCAAGGCUCUGGGCAUGGCCUUGGAAGCUCGCCGUCUGGUAGAAGAAAUCCUGGCUUUACGUGGAUGAGCAAAGAACCAGACCUCGACGACAAGCUUCAACAUGUUCCGGGGCCAGGUUCCCCCAAGACAACUGGAGAUGGCCACUCUAGAUUCUGGCCUCAGAGUAGCGUUGAGCAUAGAGAAGACAUUUCCGAGGAAUCACUGGCAGAGGGUUUCACGUUUCCACCGCGAGAGAAACCUCGUCCCGGCCAGUUCAGCGAUAUUCCUCGCCGUGCAUCACCUGCAACGCCCGCUACUGCACUGGUCUCCGAAUUACUCGAGAAGAAGUUUACCUCGCCACCAAAAGACAAAUUUACGAUUCCCUUCCCCACCGCCUCGCCUUUGGACUUGCCAGAGCUCUGUCUUCCAAGCAAACCAACUGACAUGAGCUCCGGUGUACCAAAGAUAGCUGAGCUACCAGUACCUAAGCCAGUGUUUCCCAUUCUUUCAGGCCAUUCCUAUACCAAAGAGUCGGCUGGUUCUCGAAGCGUCUCACCAAAGAGUGCUGAGGAAACAAAUAAGGGUACAAGGCUAUUGUCACCUCCAGAACAUACAGCUUCUCCAGAGCUUAGUCGCUAUCAAAAGCUUCUAUCCACCGCUACGCACAAAAUGACCCCUCCCACAGAAGAUAACAACUAUCGCCCAUCACAACAGCAUGUUAAAGCAAAGUCAGUGGGUAGAAACGAACAACGCCAUUCAACGCCCAGCAUCUGCAGCGAUCUGGAGCUUCCCACAUACCGUAGCUAUCCCAAACCACGGAGUCAACACCAUAAGGACUCCUUGAUCCAACCAAUACCCUGUGCCUCGACCAAAAGUGGUAAGAAGCUGCCACGCCACCGAUCAAGUUCAGUUGCAAGCAGCAAUAUAUCUAAAAAGAGGUGCCGUAAGCAACAACCACGCCACCGAUCAAGCUCAGUUGCGAGCAGCAAUAUAUCCAAAAAGAGAGCCGCGAAACAGUUUCAAGUCAUGACUCAUAUGUCUGAAUAUAUGAAUCAAUGUCUCGACAUUAACCAUGAUGCAUACGUGGAAGCUCGAUCAGAGGCUAAAAGGCUCCGUGGCGAUAUGCAGCAUCAAGAAACAGAGCUUGAAAAGUCGCGUGCGUUGUUGGAUGAGAAAGAUGCCAAACUCAGCGAAAUUGAGAAGCUUUACAAGGAAUUGCUCGAAGAAGACACCCGUAUCCUUGGAGCCAACAAGAGUAUGAUCUCGGAUCUUGAAUCUUUGCGCCAGCAGCUAUCUGAAGAAAAGAGACGGUCAGAUCUUCUGAAAGAAAAACAUCAAGAAAGUCGAUCACGGCUUAAUGAUGCCAUCAAAGAACAGCAAGAUCUCUUUUCUCGUUCUCGAGAUCUCUGUAAAGAGACACUGGAUCAAUUACGAAAAGACAAGGCGGCUAAAACUUUAGCUUCGGACGCUGUUGACAAGGCUUUGGAAGCUAGCCAGAAGAAACGCGCAGAGAUGAAGCAGUGUCUUGAGGAGUAUCGCGUGCAAGCGGAUAAAGAUAUCCAACAGAAGGAUCAAGCCAUAACCGUCCUGAAGGAGAAGCUAGCCCAUCAGGAAAGAUUAUUGGCUCAAGAGAAGCAACUUGCCGAUACUCUGCGUGCUCAGACAGAAGAAAUGAAUGUAGCACGAGAAUGCGUUCGAACAUUGGAAGCCAAAGUAGAAGCUUUGAUGGCGCAUCAUACCACACAGAACGAACAACGUCAAUUGGAUGCUCGGCAAAGCACAGGAAUGAUGGACAUGCUGAAUUCGAAGUUAGAUGCUUUGAUCAAUGGUGGAAAUUUUGCCGUGGGUAAUAUGCUUUCGCGAGAUGACUUCGCCGUCGAGCUAGCUAUCGUCGAAGAGAGCAUCAUGAAGAGAAGAGAAGCAUUUCAACUUGCACGUGGAUGGGCAGAAAAUAAGCAAGACAAUGGCGUGCAGAUCCAGGGCCUCAUCAAACAAGUUCAGGAACUUGGCGGCGGCUUAAAGAAAACAGAAAAUAUCUGUGAGCACAUCGGGCAAAAAUUCGACGCUUUAGUUGACAACGAGCAAAGCCAACAGCACACCACCGACACUCACUUACAAGGCUUGACACAGCGUUUUCUGGAUCGUGAGGCGAAGCUGGAUGAUAUGGAGAGUCGGCUUGAGCAGGUGCAUCAAGGCUUCACAACGAAGAUUGAUACACUAAUCUCUAGAGCCCUUAACACUGACAAAGAUACCACUAAAUUGAUUCGCAGUGCUGCUACUGAGCUUCGAGACGUUUUGGGGCGGGGCUUUGGGCAGGAGAGAGAGAGAAUAUCGCAGCUACUGGUUGAAAGCGAAAAUAUUUCCAAAGUUGUUGCUGCUCAUGUCGAAGAGCAAAAGGAAUCUGCUACAAAGAAUAAUGACAAAAGCGACGAAUUGCAGGCGGCUCUAGAAAUUGAACGUGAGGCUGUUGCACGGCUAACUCGCAAACUCCAAGAAUUUGAACAUCAAGCCCAAAGAAACGAAGUACUUCGUAACCAAUGGUUCAAAGAGAUCCAAAGUGUUGAAGCAGCACGAGCGCAGCUGAAGACAAUACAAGAACAAACCUCACCUACCAAUGAUUGUGAGAAGAAGAUCGACAGGCUUGUGGAAAUCAGCGAACUUAUUCGGUCGUCAACCAGCUAUCUAGCUACAGAGAGUGAAUGGAUCCAACAAGAACUGGUAGCUAGAGCUCCAGAGCCAACUGUCGAGGUGGACAAUAACUCGUCAGCAUUUACCAUUCAGUCAAGCAGAGGGGUAGAAAACCGACCAGCGGCGAAGGAUGAUGGUGCGUUCCGCAAAGUCACUGUCCAUAGUCCUGAUCCGAGAGAGAGCUCGCCAUCACCUCCACCAACAGUGAUGCAGGAGCAAAAGCGGCGUCGUGAAACUACGCAGCUUAAGUCUAUUCUCAAGGGACAGAUCCAGUCUAGUACGCUAGAGGUUGACCAGAACAAGCCCCCAGAUCUUUCGAAUGGCUCUCCUGGUAAAGCGAGCGCUUCAUCAAAACAAAUGGUUGCUGAAAUAUGUUCUAGAAUGGUUCGACAUGACUGGAGCUUUCCGACUGUUGCCGAUUUCGAAAGGGACAUUCAGCUAACCAGUAAGAAGCGAGAGAGUCCCCAGGACAACACGAUAACUUCGCGGCUCGAUAACCCCAGCUACCAGAACGCAAAGAAGUCCAAAAUUAUAAGCUAUAUGAACGAGUAA